UAUCCAUCUCUGCUUACCAUGCUUAAAAUAACCCAACGUUUGUUUAUUAUGACAGUGUGCUUUAUUGUAUAAAAAUUAAAAAAAAAAAUCAAACAAUUUCAACCAAUCAAAUUCAUCUAUUCAAAAAAAUUUUUAUAUUACCUUAUAUGAAUUACUGUUAUUUGAUUGGUUGAUUUAUUCAAUGAAUUCAGUAUAAAUAUGAGUGAAACAAGUGAUUAUUCAUUUUUAAAAAUAAGGAUUUAAUUUGAAGUUCCCCGGGUGGGGGAGGGUGAAGAGGAAUUAUAUCAAAGGAAAUAGAGAGAAAAACACCAAAAAAAAUGGCAUGGUUACUAUUUUUUUUAAAAUAUAUCAUAUUCUAUCAAAUCAUUAUUUUAUAUAAUCUACCAUUAACAAAUAAUGAAAGGGAAGGUAAUAGAUUUCUAUAUCCUUCAAUGAAAUUAACCAAACAACGUCAAUGUAUCUUUCCAUCAGUAUAUAAACGUAAAGCAAUUUAUGAAUGUCAACAUAUUGAUCUAUCUAUACCAAAUGAACCAUUACAUAAUUUUCAUAAUCAAUCAUAUUUAAAAUGGUGGUGUCCAUUAACUGAUAAUUAUGAUCAUUAUCCAGAAUGGCAAUUAUGUCCAGAGACUACAUCAACUUAUGGUGGUAAUCAACCAGGUCAUAAAUGUCAUUUUCCAUUUUUAUAUCAUAAACGUUUAUAUACAACAUGUAUAAGAUAUAAUGGUAAAUUAAUAUUUUCUAAUCAAAAUGAUAUAAUACCAAUUGAUAAUGGUCAUAAUGGUUAUUGGUGGUGUUCAACAACAGCUAAUUUUGAUGAAGAUGGUUUAUGGACAAAAUGUCGUCCACAAUUAUCUAAUCAAUUACCAUGUUAUUUUAAAAAAUCAAUAAAUCAUGAUCCUCAUUAUCAUUAUCAUUAUAAUAUUGGUAGUGAUAUUUAUAAUAUUGAUUAUGAAUGUCAACCAUUUUCAGGACAUUGGUUAUGUUAUACAGAAUUAAAUCAAUUACGUGAAUGUCCUCAUACUCCAACAAAAAUAAUUAAUCAUAUACAAACGGAAGGUGGUAAUGAUCCUGGUUUUCCAUGUUAUUUCCCAUUUCAAGCUACAUUAUCAUUAUAUAACAAUAAUAAUGAAAUCCAAAGUAAGGGAACAGAACUUGUAAUUAAACAACAAAAUUUUACAUCUUGUUUACCUGGUAUUAUAAAUUCAUUAAAUUCAUUAAAUCAUUUCACUAUUUAUCCUAAAUGGAUUACAUAUUGGUGUUCAACAACUGAAAAUUUUGAUCGAGAUCAAUUAUGGACACGUUGUAAUUUACAUUUGAAUAGAAUAAUCAAUCAACAAUCAUUUAAUAGAUUAACCUAUAAUACUAAUAAUCAUCAUAAGCAAUAUAUACAAUCAUUUAAAUUAUCUGAAAUAUGGUCACAAUUAAAUUGGUUAACUUUAUUAACCAAUGAUGAAUUAUUGAAUAUUUCCCAUAGCAACAAUCAUAAUAAUCAUGAUCAAUUUCAAAAAUCAUUAAAUGAUCUUGAAUAUUUAAGGGCUACAUGGGAAUUUUUUACUAAAACUACUCAUUAUAAUCACUAUGAUACUAUUAGUACUACUACUACUACUAAUAAUAAUAAUAAUGAUGAGUAUUAUAUUGAAUUAACAUGGUGGUUAUGGUUAGCACCCUUUUGGUGGCUUACCUAUAAAAUGAAUCAUUCAUAUACAAACAAUAAUAGUAGUAAUAAUUUAUAUACUACCUAUAAUACUACUACUAAUAGUAAUAUAUAUAAACAAAAAUUAAUACCCUUACGUAAUAUUAAUAAUAAUAAUAAUAAUAAUCCAUUAAUCACUGGUUUUAAUCUACCUAUUUGGUUAUCAGAAUGGAGUGAAUCAGGAUGGUAUCAUUAUAAUAUAAAUAUGAAUCAAAAAUGGUAUUAUUUAUUAAAUCAUUUAUAUUAUAAAUGGUUAUAUACAUGGUUAUUUGCAUUUUUUUUAGGUUUUUUAUUAAAUAUCAUUUUAUUGAUUUUUAUGAUAUUGAUGAUAUUGAUUUUUUGUAAAAAAUCAAUACGAUUACAAUUAUGGAAUCAAUUAUUAAAAAGAAAAAAAUUAAUCAAUAAUAAUCUUAAUAAUAAUCAAUUAAAAAUCAAUAAAAGUAUUUUAUUUAAACCAAUGGAUUCAUAUGAAUAUAUAUUACGUCAUAAUCCUUUUUAUAUACAAACUACAUUCAUGAAUACUACUGAUAAUUAUCAUAUUAGUAGUAUUAAUAGUAAUAAUAAUAAUAAUAAUAUUUUAGAUUUUGUUCAACCAAUCAGAUCACAUUGUCAAUUGAAUCAUGAUCAGGAUCAGGAUCAUCAUAAUGAUCAUGAGGAUGAAAAUGUUGAAUCAAAUUUUUUUGAUAAAUCAAUCAAAAAUAAAAUAGAAUCUUAUCAUUAUUGUUAUUAUUGUUAUAAUAAUUAUAAUAUAUGGAAUAUAAAUAAUACUACUGAUAUGUACAAUACAAGUAGUAUAAAUAAAGAUCAUAUUAAAUGUCUUAUAGAUGAACUCAAUAUUCAACAUUCCAACAAUAAUGAAAAUGAGGAUUAUUUUAAACAAUUACAUAAUUUAUAUAAUAUACUUAAUAUAUAUUUACAUAGAAAUAUAAAAUAUUUAAAUGAUAAUCAUACUACUGAUAAUAGUAAUAUAACAGAUGAGAUAUGUUAUACUACUAAUAAAGAUUUAUAUCGAUGUUGUACUACUUCUUGUUGUCAUAGUGGUUUUGGUGGUUCUGAUGAUGGUGGUGGUCGUCUUUGUCGUCAUGAUCAACAUCCUCAUCCUCUUCGUCAUCCUCAUCAUCCACCUCCUCAUCAUCAUCAUCAUUGUUGUUGUUGUUCUUUUUGUUUAUUUCAUUAUUAUUCUAUAAAUCAUUCAUUCAAUCAACAUUGUUCACAUAAUAAACAUAUUCAUAAUUAUCAUUAUUCUAUAAAUAAUAAAGAUAAUAGAAAUGAAAUAAGAGAUGGAAAUGAACAAUUCAUGAUUGAACCAACAGCACCACCACCUAGUUAUGAUCAAAUUAUACCAAUAUUAUAAGGAUACUAUAUAUAUAUAGUCUUUCUUACGAUUUCUUUUUUGAACGAUAUAUCCAUCUAUCUGUUUGUUUGUUUGUUUGUUUGUUUACAUGUUUACUGUUUCUAUGACGUAAUCAUUUGUUUAUUUUAAUUACUAUUAAGAAAAAAUCAAUAAACAGGUAUAUUUCAAUUACAUAAUGUACAGUAUUUUUUGUUUUUUUGUUUUUUUUUGUGUGUGGAUUGUCUUAACUUUUAUUUUCUUGAAUGAAUCUUGUUUACGACAAAUUAAAGACUCAAAAUAAACAAACAAACAAACAAA